AAAGCGACAGGCGGUGCCGAUUGCGUCCCGGGUCACGCUUGGCGCGAUCGAUCGGCGGCGCGCGGCGGGAGAACGCGCGGCAGAGACGGCAAAUCCUUCCAAAACGCCGUGGAGACGGCGGCGGCGACCGCGAGCACGGCACACACGCGCCGAUGUCCGCACCGAACGCGCCAUGAGCGGCGCUCGCCCCCGCAGCGCGCCGCUAUUGCUCGCCCUAGCGGCCGCUCUCUUCCCGCACCCGAACCAUGUCGCAGGUGCCGGUGGGGGUGGCAUGUUCGGCGACGUCAAUAUAUCAGCCAUUUUGGAUUCAUUUAGUAUAAGUUAUGAUAAAAGAGUAAGGCCCAAUUAUGGAGGUCCGCCAGUGGAGGUGGGCGUCACCAUGUAUGUGCUCUCUAUCAGCUCCGUCUCCGAAGUGCUCAUGGACUUCACCCUGGACUUUUACUUCCGACAAUUUUGGACGGAUCCCCGGUUAGCAUAUAAAAAGAGGACUGGAGUCGAAACAUUAUCUGUGGGAUCGGAAUUUAUAAAAAAUAUAUGGGUACCAGACACAUUCUUUGUGAAUGAAAAGCAAUCAUAUUUUCACAUAGCUACUACUAGCAACGAAUUCAUUCGUAUACAUUAUUCGGGAUCAAUCACUAGAAGUAUCAGACUAACCAUCACUGCGUCUUGUCCUAUGAACCUUCAAUACUUUCCCAUGGAUCGACAGUUAUGCCACAUUGAAAUUGAGAGUUUCGGGUACACAAUGAGAGACAUUCGGUACCAUUGGAAAGACGGGCUGUCAAGCGUCGGGAUGAGCAAUGAAGUGCAGCUGCCACAGUUCCGAGUAUUGGGUCAUCGCCAACGAGCUACUGUUGUUACGCUAUCGACAGGAAACUAUUCAAGAUUGGCAUGUGAAAUUCAAUUUGUUCGAUCUAUGGGGUAUUAUCUAAUUCAGAUUUACAUUCCAUCUGGUUUGAUCGUCAUUAUUUCUUGGGUAUCGUUUUGGCUGAAUCGGAACGCGACCCCGGCGCGGGUAGCCCUGGGUGUGACCACCGUGCUGACCAUGACCACGCUGAUGUCAUCAACGAAUGCCGCACUGCCAAAGAUAUCAUAUGUCAAGUCUAUAGACGUUUACUUGGGCACUUGUUUCGUGAUGGUUUUCGCUAGUUUACUAGAAUAUGCUACAGUGGGCUAUAUGGCUAAAAGAAUACAAAUGAGAAAACAAAGAUUUGUAGCUAUUCAGAAAAUAGCAUCCGAAAAGAAAAUGCCAGUCGAAUGUCCCCCUGUAGGUGAUCCCCACACUCUCUCCAAAAUGGGAACCCUGGGGCGGUGUCCGCCGGGUAGGCCUUCGGUAAGCUGCUCGGAGGUUCGGUUUAAGGUCCACGAUCCUAAAGCUCAUUCUAAGGGAGGAACUUUAGAAAAUACUAUAAAUGGAGGGAGAAGUGGUGCUGAAGAGGAGAAUCCUGGCCCACCUCCACAUAUCCUGCACCCUGGGAAGGACAUAAGCAAGCUUCUGGGUAUGACUCCAUCGGACAUCGACAAAUACUCCCGAAUCGUGUUCCCCGUAUGCUUCGUCUGCUUUAACCUUAUGUACUGGAUCAUUUACCUCCAUGUGUCGGACGUCGUGGCUGACGAUUUGGUUCUUCUGGAAGAGGAUAAAUAGAGGGCGCACACUAUUAUCCACUUAUUUCUCCAACUACAAAAUUAUAAUAAUAAUAAUUUGAAACAAAUAAAAAAUAUUAGAGCACUUCAAUUCCGUUAUUUAGCACAUUAAUACACUUUUUUUUAGAUAUAUUACUAGAAUUUAACUUUAACUAUAUGACUAAAACUUUUUUAUACAAAGAAGAAUAAUACGAGUAAUUAACGAACGUCUCUAGUCGUAGUAAUAUAAUAAUUUGGAGUCUGAAGUAGUAACAGAAACGACUGAUAAAUAUGUCAUUUAGAUGAUAUUAUAACUUAGUUUUUGUUUUUGAUAAACUGGAAAAUUCAGCUAGAUUACCAGGCAAAGAUAAAUUUAAAAAUGCCUCAAAUUUACUUAUGCUCAAGUAUUAUAAUGAAAGCAGGGAUUAUUUUAAAAGUCCACUAAAUUAGUACGUCCAUUGUCUGGUUACUAUGACUUAUAACUGUAUCUACUUUUUUCAAUGUCUAACAGAGAUUGUUCUGAUGGUCUAUUCCUUGUAAAUAUUAGAAGUUAUUGCAAGUAACAUAAGAUUGCGAAUGUAGAUAGCUAGUCGGAAUGGUUGAUAAAGUUAACUGUGUCUACAAUCUUACGCCAUAAUUUGAUAUUGAAAAAACCUAGUUAGAGGUCCUUGAUAUUUUCGAUUGAUGGAGUUUCAAACUAUUAUUUGUAUGGAAAAAUAAGUGGAACAACAUAACAAUAUUGAUAGAAAAAUCUGAUGCUCAAAUUUCUCUGCUUUUAUCGAUUACUUUGUGUAGAAUAUUCAAGUUGAUAAUAGUUUAUUCUUUGCAAAUUCUAUUUUAUUGUUAUGAUUGAUAGUAGUAGGCACGUAUUUUAUUUUAAACGUAGUUGCUAAUUCAUGAACUCCUGGACUAUUAUUAUUUAGAUAUUUUAGCUUUAUGUUAUAAUUUAUGUUAAAAACCAUGUAAUUGAAUGUUUGAAAAAUUAUAUUUGCUUGUUGACCAAAUGCAUGCUGAAUUUUUGACAUUGGAUUACUAAUUGCAGUUUUUUACCGAUUCAACUUAAUAAUAGUGAAAAUUACGAUUUAAUUUUUUGCAUUAGUCCUUUUCGCCAUGUCAGGACUCAACUGCAUUUAGAACUAUAGUUAGGUACUAUCACACUGUAUGAAUCAGUUAAAUAUUCACCAAUUGCUAAAAACCUGUUUAAAAAUAUUAUUUUGAGCAUUUCAUAGCAAGAGCGAUAUAUCCACUAGUGGCAUGCAUGCGCGAAGUUGAGUUCUCAAUACUCUCAAAACCUCUGGCAUGCAUGUUUCAACGACAUUUCAAUUUAUAAAUCAAGCUUGUGAUCAUUUUUUGAUUUCCAAUAAAAUAUUGUAUUAUCUUCAUUUACUUAAUUUGAAAACGUUGAUAAUUAUUAAGUAACGUUAGUAGACAAAGCAACAUCUUAAUCACACGUGUUCAUUUCAUUAAAACUAUUAAUCAUUAAUGCAACGAAGUCACGUGUGUUUAAGAUCCUAGAACAAUUUUAAUUUUUAACUUAAUCUCUGUAUAGAUGGAACAUUUCCUUCACUUUCCUAACUCAACUCCGGGUUGACAUAUAAUCUCUUUCUCAAUAAAUAAAAAAAAGUAAAUAUUGCAUUUUGCCCCGCAUUGUCAACCUAAUGUAUAAUUAUAUAUAUUAUCUAUGAACAUAAUAUAUAAUUAUAUAUAAUUUAAUAUUAACAACAUAAUAUAUAAUUAUAUAUUUUGUUGUUAUGUGUAUAGUUAUUAUUUCUCACACUCACCUUUAGAAACUUCAUGUUUAUCACUAGGAAUACAGAUAUCUCGUAUCUAGUCGAUUUGGCAAGAGGCCAGUUAACAAAAUAUAAUGCACAAGACCGAAAGGCCAAUUCCACAGAAUACAAUCGGGGUCCCGUGUACCUUUAUACCUGAAAUGUACAAAAUAUAGUUCAAGGUUUCCAUACUUGAAAUGAAGAACUACAAUAAUGAAAAGCCAUAUAAUAGUUUCUUUUUAUAUAAAAGCGAGCAAAUUUUGUCUACAUGACUUUAUAUAGAAAACUAGGUCAUGUCAUCCACAACUCAUUUCCUACCUUUGAAAUAUUGCUAUUUCUUGUACCUAGAUUAGCUGCACAGUAGACUACGCCAUGCUUUCUUAAAUUAGUUUUACUUAGCUUGUUUUGCUCGCUCGAUACAAUGUUCUGGUAGUGUACAAAUACAGCAUAAGGUUGAGCAUUAGACCUACAUUGUUGGCAUUGUUGAUGUAGGAGGUUAGUUUCAAUAUUCAAUCGCAUAUCUUGCUCAUCUGAUUGCAAUUGAUAAUAAGCUAACUUUCCUGUUUCAACAAUGAGACCCUCGUAUAUCUGAAAAGCAGGACUCCUAUCAUCAGCUACGACAAUCUCUAUGAACACUUGAACAGAGAACGGGUUCCUUCAGGCCUGGUGAGAAUUGAAGAAAUAAAAUAGACUUAUUACAGCAAUAUGAAUUCGCUGCCUAAUAAUAACACCAGAAUUAAAUUUCAAUAGUAUAAUGUAUUUUUCAUACAUAUGUAUUAUAAAAUAUGGCAAUAAAUUCUAUAAUUCACCAGUUAACUAAUAAUGAAAUAGUUAUGUAGAAUCAAUUAGUGAAGUCUUGCCUUAUGGAACCCUAGAAUUAAUAAUAAUAGCAAUUCAAAGAAGCAUUCAUCAUUUGGAUUGACUUGAGCAAUAUCCGUCUUAUUCACAAGUCUUACUUGUGACAGAAAUAUACGACCCGUAAAAGAAUUGUUUCAUUUCAUUCGAACAUAAGAUUUGUGACUGAAACCGAUGCGUAUUUCCACUUGACGUAUAAACGAUGCGCUAAAUGUUAGUUAAAUACUUGAGAUGAUCAGUCUUCGGUUUACGCCAGAAAUAUAACAAAUUUCAGAAACACUGUAACAAAAUAAAUUGUAUAGAUUGUUCGAAUCUUAGCUUCAGUUAGUACAGCAUGCUCCUAUCAAGUUCGGCCCUUAUGGCUGGGCAUAAAGGACCACGACCCACCAGAUGCGUCAAUAACACGCUGCGUCGUCGCAUCUGCAGCCAAUUAUGGCGCACGCAAUCACAAUACAGCAUACUUGCUGCCCCUUCAUAGUGUGUGUCAGUCCUAAACAUCCUUAAACCUAUUUAUAUACGUGAUAGUGGAAACUUCAAAUUCCAAAUGAUGGAUUAUUCUCAACAUGCUAAUUUAAAGACGCUAGAUAUUUAUGAAUACAUCAUUUGAUAAUAUUUGGUAUGUAUUCAUGGCAUACAUUAAAUACCAAAGUAAUUUUAGGUACAAAUCAUAAUACCCUAUAGGUAUACAUAAUUAUUCGUUAAUUUAUUUUAUUAUUGCUGUUAUUUUAUUGGUCUUUUUAAUUAUUAAUACGUAUAGCUGAAAGAUGAUUAGCAAUUAUUAUACAUUAUUGUAUAAUUUAGACAUUAUUACUAAAUUAUACAAGAUUAUAUACAAGAUUAUGCAUAAUAAAUUGCACUAAAUUAUAUAGGACACUUGUUUUAUGUGUAUUCACUUUAUAAUUGAAUGCAAUUUAUUACUAGAGCAUUCGGAAUGAUGUAUUAGGCUUAAUGGAAUUAAUUAAAAGGUUAAGUCCCGCAGGUAGAUUCGAUGUAGAUUACGACAAGCUGACGCUUUGUCUUUCCGAAACGAAAUUCUAAAAUAUAUGUCUAGUUAUUAGGUAAUAAGGUUGCGAAAAGUAAAUAUAAAAAUGUAUCUUAGACUAAAUACAUAUUAUACACAUUUCAUACACUUGUAAUCAAGAGGUCAUCGCGGAUUGCACUGGUCAACUAUGACGUUGAUUUUAACAUGCGUUUUUCUACACAGGUUAAAGGUAAUGUCAAAGUUGACCGGAGAAACUUAUUGCAUUUUUAUGUGCUUAUAUAUUUAGUACAAAUAAGUCGAUUCCAGAUGUGUUACAUUAUUAUUGAGAAUUUAUUAAAAUUGUUUCGUUUCAAUAGUUCUAUUGCAGAUAGCCGUAUGUACGAAAUAUUUAUAUUAGUGUCAUUAACGUUAGAUUUUUAUACAAAAGUUGUAUUUGUACUCGAAAGUGAAUCGUUUCGUUAAAAUCGACAUAUAAUAAUAAACUGUGACAGAAAGCAAUGUAAUAGACGAUUAAUUUAGAGGUGUAUUUUGAGAUGACUGAUGGUAUAUAACUGGCCAUGUAAUUAUUUUCAUUUGUUUUACCGAACGAAAGUCAUACACUACAACGAUUUUCCGUGAGUCAUACAAUUAAUGAUUAGCACAAUAAUAAUAAAAUUUUGUGUUUUCUAAGUUACAAGUUCAAGGACGUAAUAAUUACUCAAUUCGGGUUGUGCUGUAAUAUAUUAUACUAGCUUUUGCCCACAACUCUGUAUGUCAGUAAAAAUCUGUUUCCCCUGGGAAUUUCAGAAAAUCCCUUCUUAAUACUCCCCUACAAUGUCCUAGGAACCUACACACCAAAUUUCAGCUCUCUAUGUCCACUAGUUCGGCUGUGCGUUGUCUGUCAGUCAGUCACUCAAUAACGCAAGAAUUUUAUAUAUAUAGAUUUAUGAUGUAUAACGUCUUUCCUCUCGCUUACUCGCAUUCUGUGAGUAUCGUUCCUAUAAAAGAGAACGCUCAAAAACCCAUAGCGAACAGAAAAAUACCUAUUAGCCUCAACAGAAAAAGUUUUAUUAUAUCAAAAAUGUCAUAAAAUAUUUGACAUAAUAUGUUUUUUCUGUUUACUGUGGUUUUUUUCCUUAUUUCUGUGAACACUCUCCUUACUAUGAGACGUGCAUUUUUAGCAGUCAACGCGCUAAUUACUAAAACUGAAUGAUUUCGACGAGCGAUUUCAGAUGUCUGAUGUUACACAUCAUAUAGGCAAACUACUGUAAGGCUCACCGUUAGCAUGCCUUAAUUUUCAAUAAAUAAAGAUUAUUAGAAUAUAAAAUACCACAACUGCCACCAACAAUAGUGAUAAAUAAAAUGUAUAGUAAUUGUUACAAUAGCAGUGGAAUCAUAGGAAUAUUAAAAAAUGUAGCGAACGCGUAUGUGGGUUUUAGCAUUGUUGUGAUAGUCACCUCACUCAGCAAUUUUACGAAUAAAUAGUAGUCGGUAAUUACUGAGGCUUAAAUGUUUUAAAAAUUUUGUAACGUCCCUCUCACUGAAAUCGAAACAACUGAAGAAAACAGGCGAUGUUCCCUCAAUUCCAUGAAAAUUAACGUUAUGGCUACACCUAUCCGCACACUAGCCAUCGUCUUUUUUCUUUUAUUUAUUACGAAAUCUAAGAAAUUAUCAAACUAUGAUAUAUUUAGUUAAUAAAAAACUUAUAAUAGAAAAUUAUAGACUAUAAUAUUUUCUGAUACAAUUGUAUUAGAAAAUCUAUAGUCUAUCAUUUUCUAUGAUAAGUAUCUUUUAUCUUUCUAAUAAAACCCUCUACCUAAUGUAGCACUAUUAUUAAGUUAUGUUUUUAUUCCUAAUAAAUAAAAUAAAUUCAUAAAAAGUGUGAUGGUGGCGCUAGUGUGCGCGUAUGUGGCCUUUUAGGGCAGGUAUCCAGAUAUCCAGCUCCAAAAUCGUAUGUGAAUGGUGACAUCAUCGUAGUGUGAAUAGAUAAUACGGGUUAUAUACCAUUUUGGAGAUGGACAGACCAACAGCAGGCGCGUAGUGCGUACAUACCAUUUAAUUACAAUAAAUCGCACUAGUGCCUCUGAAAUGUGAUUUUUAAUAGUGAGGAACUCGCAAGUGGAUGAUAUAGUAUGCUUGAUAUAUAAAAAUGAUUUAAUAUUUUUUACGAAAAUUCUCCAUGUUCUCCAUAUAGUCUACAUGAUGGUGUAUUAUUGGUGUUAUCAAUCAUUCAAUCUGACUAAUCUUUUGGACUUUCCAUAAUAUAUUUAGAUGAUAUCUUAAUUAUGUGGCUAAAAAUCACAUGAAAAACAUAAUGGAUUAUUUAUUUCAAUAAAAUAAAUUCCUACUUUAGAAAAUACAGGCAUAUUAUUUUUAUAUAAUUUUCAUUUCUUGCUUUAUAAUCAAGUAAAUAAUCGCAUUAUCCUUAUUAAAGAAUCUAUAUAUAAAGUAAAUAACAUGUAGACAUAACUGUUACAAUUUAAGUCAACGUCAAAUAUAAUAGAAAACGCGUGAUUCUGAAAUGAUCCUCGGUUUUCAGGAAAUGUGAACCGGCGCUUCCUAAAUCUAAUCGAUUUGUAUCAAUAGGAAGAUUUCAUAAGCUCCGUUUGAUCUCACAAGUUUUAUUAGGUAAAUAAUUUUACGUUACGUGUUUUUGUGAUUUACCAUCAAUAUAAUAGACUUUAUAGGAAAUUAGUUGAUGUUUUACUUAAGAAUGUACAGAUUUGUAUUUAUUUGAUUUUUUUUUCGACAACAUUCAACAACUAAUAAUGUGAAGAUUAAUUACAUUAUUGGUUUGCGCGACAAACAAAUUUUACUAACUAUAAUUAUUUAAAAUAACAAAAAUAUGAAUGAGAUGUUAUCUACGACCAUAACAUACGUUACGUUAUGAAGCGUGUGAUUACGAGAAUUAACUUGUAUUUGAAAACACAAUUCAUGGAAGUCAGAAUUACGAUUGCGCCCGAGCAUUUAAAAGACGAUAUUCACACAAAAAUGUCAAUCCUUCUCCCGUCCCAAGCUAACGUAACCUAACGCAGUAGCUCAGUCAGUCGACUAAUCUGGGACCCGCCACGUGUUUAUACCUCGUGGUAAACGUGGAUUCACAUUAAGAUGUAUUAUUUUUACAUAACCAAAUUUGAAUAGUUAGAUAAAAAAUUAACUUCAGAUUUAUGGUAGAACUGGAAUAACUACAAAGAUGCAUCUGUGUCCAAAUAACUAUAUAGUUCGUAAAUAAAAUUAUCUCCCACUGAGGCUUGAGGCCCGUAUAUCACUCAAAUUUAUUACUUACUUUGGCUAAUACAUUUUAUGUUAAUAAUAAAGGUAUUUCGUAUUUUAUUUGUAAGUGAUUGUUCGUAAUUCCAAGCAAUCAAGCGAAAAUCUUAUGAUGAAUAUUUUUUUACAAGAUAAUGUGAAUGCACUUUUACUCUUAAUAUUAGAUAAUUAGAUGUAUCGAUUUUCUUUAAACACCUUUGGAAUAUUCUUCACAUGUACCUUACUUAUCUAUCACUGGGACUACUAACACAUUUCAUAUAAUCUGUAAAACUAUGUUAUAUAGGAUAGAUUAUUCUGUCAUUUAUAUUGGUCACUAUUCACACAAUUAUAUCCAAAUUACUACCACCAGUUUAAACUCAAAGAACGCACGUUGUUUUUACUCAAUAUGUUUCAUUCCUUUUCCAACAAUUACAGAAUCAAUUACUUUAUUAGAAUAAGCCUUAUUCGUAAACAAAACUAAACUGUCAGCUGUUCUAACUACUCGGCCACCCCCACACGUUCUCUCUUUUUUUCACACGAUGCGUACACGAUAUGGGAAAAAGAAACAGCAUGUAGACGUUAGUAACGUGCUACGUGUUAGUAUUUUUCGUAUUAGGCUUUUCGAGCGAUUAGUAAAAGAGCGAAAAGCGGCGCACGCGGCAUGUCAAGCGCCAUCAUACACAUUUGUAUGGCCAUCCUCGUGGGCGUGUGGAUUGGUGUGCGAUAAAUGCGCCAUUUUUCGUUCUCAGCAGUCUCGGCAUCAAGUAGCAUUUUUUUAGUAUUAUUACAAUAUAGUCGGCAUCAUCUCUGAAUGAACUGAAAGCUGUAACCAAUAAAUUUUUAAUUUCUAUAGGACAUGAAAUAAAAAAAUAUUAUUGCACUCAAAUCUUUUAUGAAAAUUAGUUUUGUAAAUAAGAUAAAAAUAAAAACAUUAAAAGGAUCAAAUUUAAAUAAGCAAAAACAGUGAAAUGUAAACUGGCUGAAACUUUAA